CAUGAGAAUUUCUGAACUAUCAGUGAGUUUAUCACUUUAAAAAUUGAAAACGCUUUUUUCCAGUAUAAAUCAUUUUAAUGCCAUUGAAGCUAUUCAAACUACAAUUUGCUGUUCGGUUUAAGGGGUUUUGAAUAAUACCUUACAUCAUUGCAGUAGCUCAAGAAUUUUUGAAAUUCGAAAUUCGUAUCGUAGAAUUAUUUUUGAAACACCUAAAAGGAUCAAUAACAUCCAGGACUCAAACACGUUGAAGGCUGGGACAAAUGCACCUGCAAGAAAUGCCAGUGUUGCAAAUAAAAGAAGAAUCAAACUCAAACAGAGAGCUCGUGCAUGCCGUCCAAGUGAAGGAGACACAUCACAUAAAUCUGUACGAAAUAAAGACUUUGGUGGUUUUGAGGAUUGCGCUCUGUGUUUAAACAUGGAAUUUGACUGGCCACAUCUCUUGCCAUGUGGGCAUAUUUUUCACAACGUGUGUGUAUCCAAUUGGUUAAAACGCAAUAAUACUUGCCCUGUAUGUUUUCAAAAUUGGGAAAAUCAAGUUCAUACCAAUCAAGUGCCUAACUCUCAUUCUAAUGAUGACAUGCAUGGAAAUCCUAUACCUGACGCUUUGGCUACGAGAGUACAUAUGCCUUCCUCCCGAAUUAAUGAUACUUCAGAAUUGGAUACCUGUAGGUCAGCAGAUAGAGUUCGUAGUGUACUCAGAGGACGAGUUAAAAAGUCUAUUCACCGCAGAAGAAAAGUUCGAGCCCUGCAGUCGGUUGAACAAUUGGCACUUAAUAAGGAAAUACUGGAUAGUGUCGUUCUGAAUAACAGUGUUCCAGUAUGUGGUGUCUCUGACGUGCUGUCACCUGAUGAACCACAGUCCAGUGAUCCUGAUAUCAUAAUUGAUGGUGAAUUCAUAUUAAUUGAUUGUACUGAUUCUAUUGCCAUUUUUGAGGGAGAUGUAAUAUAAGACAAUGUAGAGUUUGAGAGUCUCAUUGAAAGUGUUUAAAAAUUAUUUUAACGAAUAGCUCACCUAUGAUUUGUGUAUUAUCAAAAAUAUUUUUUUUUCAAAUUGUACAGUUAUUUUUUUAAUAUUUACAUUUAAUUUUUGACAUUAAGCUAUGAGUAAUUUUUAUUCUGUAUUACU